AUGAUUCGUAGACAAACGCGACUUCGUCGAGAAUAUCUAUAUAAAAAGUCAUUAGAGACCAAAGAAAAACAAAUUUAUGAAAGAAAACAAAAAAUUAAGGAAGCUAUUCGGGAGGGUAGACCAAUUCCGACCGAAUUGCGAACGGAAGCCACACAACUUCAAAAAGAUUUAAAUUUUGAUGAAGCACAGAAUGAACCAUCAUCACAUAUCGAUGAUGAAUAUGCGCGCGCUGGGAUUUACGAUCCGAAAGUUUUGAUAACAACAUCACGUGAUCCGAGUAGCAGACUCUCACAAUUCGCAAAGGAAAUGCGUCUAGUAUUCCCUAAUUCACAACGAAUAAAUCGUGGUAAUUCUGUAGUCAAAGAUUUGGUCAAUGCCUGCAAGACAAAUGAUGUUACUGACUUAAUAAUAGUGCACGAGCAUCGUGGUGAACCAGAUGGACUGAUUGUAUGUCAUUUUCCUUAUGGGCCUACGGCAUUCUUUUCAUUGCAUAAUGUCGUACUUCGACAUGAUAUACAAGACGAAGGCACAGUUUCUGAAGUGAUGAAUAUCAUUAAAUUUCUGUUCCCGGUUCCCAAGGAAGACAGUAAACGUGUUAUGACUUUUGCAAAUGAUAGCGAUUUUAUUUCAUUCCGACAUCAUGUGUACGUAAAAAUAAAUAACAAAGAAGUACAAUUGGUUGAGGUUGGACCCCGUUUUGAAAUGCGACUUUACGAAAUCAAAUUGGGAACUGUCGAUUUGAAAGAUGCUGAUAUCGAAUGGGUUUUACGACCUUAUCAGCGUACAGCCAAGAAACGCGAUCAUUUAUAA